CUCAGUUUACAUCUAUCAACUUAUUCUUUUUCGCAUCAAUAACUUAACUUUUGCUACUUUUCAUCAAUCCAUCUUACAACAUGAAAGGUUUGAUUAAAACUCUGGUCCUCCUUGCAGCUUUCACCUACAAUGUAGCUCAAGCUGAAACUUGUAAGAAGCAAGUUGACGUCAAAGAGUGUCAAAAGGCCAUUGAUCAAAUUGGAUACGACGCCAAAGGAAAUGCUGUUAAAACUGUGAACAAACAAGUACUAUCCUCCGGACACUGUAAAGUUACCAUCCAAACCAAAAAAGGUGGUCCAAUUUCAACUUCUGGAAGUGAUCUCUCAAAGGCCUUGGAUAGUAUUGUCAAUCGCAAAAAUGGCGAAUGCAAAAACCAGCCCGGAGUGGAGGACAUCCAAAACCCAACUAACAUCGCGGGUUUUCAACCGGCAACGUUGUUGGUCGAAUAUAUCGAGGAUAAACCUGCACCUGCAGCUUGUAAGCAUGAACUCGACCCGAAAGAGUGUCAAAAAGCCCUUGGACAAAUUGGAUACGAUGCAAAAGGAAAUGCUGUUAAAACUGUGAACAAACAAGUACUAUCCUGUGGUUACUGUCAGGUUACAAUCCAAACCAAAAAAGGUGGCCCAAUCGCAAAUUCUGGAAGUGGUCUUUCAGCAGCCUUGAAUAAAGUACUUGACCACAAGGAUGGUGAAUGCAAGAACCAACCCGGAGUGGAGGGCAUUCUAAACCCAACCAACAUCAAGAACUUUCAAUCGGCAACGCUCUUGGUCGAGCGCAUCGAGGGUAAAGCUGCACCUUGUGCUUGAGCUUCCACAUCGCUUGUUUCAAUCCGACUUCAGAUUAUCGGCAGUGUUGUUGCGUGUUUUACUUUCACUCAAUCAUCCAUGUGGCUCUGAACCUUUUGUAAAGCCAAUAUUUGCUUAUUCGACCUUGUGCCCUUCUGUUUUCUGAUUUUAUCAUGUGCUUCAAAGUUUUUUUGUCUCUUCCUUUAUAACCCUAUGAGUUAACACUGUGCUCCAUAGUUCAUUUGUUUUGAAGUGGCUUCUUAUCUCCAACCUCACCAUAGAUGUACUUUUUGACUAGUGUAUAACUCUUGGGCGUGUCUUUUAUGUUUUCUAUAUAUGACAUCCUUUGCUAUGUUUCGAUUAUGUUUUUUCAACGGACAAUGCAGCAUUCAUGUUGCAAGUUGUUAUC